AUCUGACUCUGGUGAUGGGCGUCGACCUACUAUUUGCCGCGAAGAACGUGAAGUUCAAGACUAUUGCAAUGAUGAUCAUUAUUUGGGAGAGCAGGAAUAUUUUAGUGGAGAAGAAUAUUACGAGGAAGACAGUAUGUUGUCAGGAAGCAGGCAUAUAUAUAAUCACCACUGUAGGUAUCACUGCCAUGACUCAGAUUUUGAGAGACCAAAAGGUUACCAUCACCCACAUGGUUUUUUUGAGGAAGAUGAUUCACAGAUCUGUUACGAUACAAAAAGAUCUCCUAGGAGACGGCUGCUACCUCCAACACCAACACCAAAUAGACGAUCUUCCUUUAACUUUGAAUGCCUCCGCCGACAGAAUAGUCAAGAUGACAUACCACUCUCUCCUAAUUUCCACCAUCGCACUGCUUUACCGCUUCACUUAAUGCAACAGCAGGUCAUGGCUGUAGCAGGUCUGGAUUCCAGCAAAGCUCAUAAACAUUCACCAAGUCGUUCAACGCGUUCCUGGGCUACCCCACCUGCAACCCCUCCCAACAGGGACCGUACUCCGUAUUACACGCCUCUAAUCCAGGUUGAUAGGGCUGACUCUACAGAACACAUGAAUGGUAGCCUGCCUUCCUUGCACAGGAGCUCUUGGUACACAGAUGACCCUGAUAUUUCCUACCGAACAUUUACACCAGCUAAUUUAACAGUUCCUAAUGACUUUAGGCAUAAACAUAGUGACAAACAGAGGAGUGCAGACAGUUUGGUAGAAGCGGUACUUAUAUCUGAAGGCCUAGGAAGGUACGCAAAGGACCCUAAAUUUGUUUCAGCUACAAAACACGAGAUUGCUGAUGCAUGUGACAUGACUAUUGAUGAGAUGGAAAGUGCGGCAAGUAAUCUUCUCAAUGGAAAUAUCAGCAAUGGGACCAAUGGGGAUAUGUUUCCCAUUUUAAGCAGACAAGAUUAUGAACUUCAAGAUUUUGGUCCUGGCUACAGUGAUGAAGAACCAGAAACGGGACGAUAUGAAGAAGACUUAGCUGAUGAAAUGAUAUGCAUUACAAGCUUAUAGUAUUUAGCAAGGAAGGCGAUUCUAAUAACAGAAAAAGUGCCUCAUAGUUUAAAGAUGCUAGGCACUAGCUGCAGUGAAUAACCAACCAAGUUUUGUACAAGCGAUGUCACACCUCAAGGAAGCCAUAACUAAUAAAUUGAUUAUCUCCAGGUUGCCGAAAUGUGAUCAGAGCUGCAGGAUGUCAGGUCUCCUCCCACAGAAUCUUCAGUUCCUCUGUAGGAAUAAGGUUAUUUUGAAACCAAGCAGAUUGUGACAAUCAGUGUUUUGAGGGCUAGAGCAGGAUUCUGAGGUGUAAUAUCUUGCCUGUCUUUCAACCUUGUGCUGCUGUCCUUCAUAGUAGAGCAGGAUUUUGUCAGUGAAAAUGUCUGUGUAAGUCCGGCACACAAUUGCGUGGGAAAUAGCAACAUGAGAUGAGUGAUGACAACAAUAAUGUCAUUACCUCAGUACUCAAUAGCAUAUCAGCUACCCGUUGCAUAUCCAUUCCAACAUUGUUUUCAAACUUGCCUCCUGAUUUCUUUUCUUAAUGCUCUUCUAAAAUACAGUUUGUCAUGCUCUACCUGUUAGAGAUCGUUGGAAAAAGAAGUUAUAUAAAGAAUAAUCUGUCAUAUGUAACACCAGUUUACAUAGGAAAAUAUCAUUCAGGUAGUCUGUUUUAUGACUAUCACAUUAAGGGCAAAAUAUACUGGAAUAAUUGCAUUCUUACUAAUGCACUUGCAACCAGGUUAUAGUAGAAUUAGAUAAGAUAGUUUGCUAAAAAUUAUAUAGUAGAAAUUAUUGUAAAUGAAUUGUAAUAUACAAGGAUUUGUAUUUGUAAAGAGAUGUUCUAUAUUUUGUAAUUAUUGUACCGUAAUUGAACUGCAGCAAUAUUUAUGGACCCUAAUUAUUGUAACUCUCCACCGAAUUCUAGAUAGAAGUAUUUUUACUUGGAAUAUAUAGAUCUAUAGCAUAAAUAUUUAAAUAGAGCCACCUCUCAGUGUAAAUCUCUUUUUGGGAUAAAGUGUCAAGUUUGAACUUGGCAACAGAACAGAUUUUUUUUUUUUUUUAAAUAAUUGAGUCGAAUCUCUCUCCAUAAGGGAUGCACAGUUGACUAUUUAAAGUCUUAUACUUGGAAAGGUUAAAGAUUUAAAGUUAUUUUAACUUUUUUGAUUGAGAAAUAAGCUCUAAUUUUAUUUUUGUAUUAAUCCCAGGCUAAAAAUAAAUAUCAAAGUCAUUAAAAAUUGGCAAGUUCAUGCCAGGGUAUUGCUGGUCAUGAGACAAAGAGUUUUGACAAAGUAUAUUACCUACAUACCCUACUUUGAUAGGAAGCAUCGUGGGCAGAAAAUAUUGCACAGGUAAAUGAAAAUGCUUUACUUCAGUGCUACUUACUCUGCUUGGAAAGAAAAGAAAUAUGAUAAAAUGAUUCUUCACAGAACCAAAAACCUUGAUAUAAGAAGUGUACUAUCUUAUUGCCUCUACCUUUCUGUUGUUAUGUGUGUACUAUUUCAAAGAUUAAUUUUUAUGCAAUCGAGAGGGCUUAGAUAUUGCUCACAAUGCAGUAAAACCCUGAAAUAACUUUGAGGCUGAAAUGACCUUGGAGGAAAAUCAAAAAACACUGAAAGCUACUGUCUAUUUUGUUAGCACUGGAUAACAAUGACUUGUUCUAACAAGUUAUCUUAUCAGGUUUUACCUGUAGUUCAUAUGCUAGCUAGCAAUCCAGUUCACAUUUUUACAAAUGUGAUGUUUAAAACAUGUCAAUAAACAUUUUGUACAUAAUGACAGUUUCCUAUGAAUAGCUUACAGACUUCCUCUGAAAUCAUUCUUAUUUCAAAUGCCAGGAUAAGAACUUAAAGGUUUGUAAAUUAUUUCUUGACCUACAUCAUUUUGUAUUAAAACAAAUGCAAAAUGUUCUUCAGAAUAAAACUGUGUAAUAAUUUUAUUA